CAAGGCAUAACGAGGGGCCGCGUCCCGUAUCGUAACGCAGGAAGUAACCGAGAAUACCGCACCUUCCAUUGUGUGUCCGGAACGGUUCCGGUUCGACGGAAAGAUGACGUUACUAGGUACACCUACAUGGCGUGAUGAUCACCGCGACUGGAAAGUACCUAGUCACAUGGCACACUACGUAUCAUGGAAGUCUGUACGUACGGGUGGGCUCAUGUCCUUUUCGUGCCAGACACAUGGACGAGAGAAGGAGCAGUCCUUGGGAGGAACAGCACUUGGAAUUCUCCUGUAUUGUGAUAUGGUGGACGUCCACUCAAGUCUUUUCGGUGUGUUCAACUACCGUUAUCGACAGACAGCACCUGGGAGAUUGCCGGGGCGAAGAACAACACCGAUCGAUGUACUUGAAGUCAUCCAUCCCUAUACAUCGAGGAAGGACCCGGCGAGUUGGUUCUUUCUCUCCACGAUGUGGCCCACCGCCCCCGUUCCCUCACCGGCAAGCACACAUGUGCGUGACUGCCUCAUCUUCGACUCUCCUCUUCAAACAUUCUACUCCAGGAAGGAGGGAAGGAAGAAGACAGCCAUGCCUGCUGCUAUCCAUCUGCCUUCACAGCUGUUCUGCGUGAUUCUCUCCCCGUCCCGUCCCCUCCUCUCCCCCCCCCCUCGUCCUAUUUAAUCCUCUCGAAUACCCGUCUCUCCCCUCUGAUUCUUCUCCUCUCUCCGUCCUCAUCUCAACCUCUUCACUCCUCUGUCCACUCUCAUUUCAAUUGCCACACACAUACAAACCAACACUCUCUUCCUUUCCUGUCUUCGCUACCUGCGUAUUCAAUCUACUGCUGCUCUCCGCAUCACCUACGUCCUCUACGUGUUCUUCCUACACCUAGAUCAGCCGACACUACCCAUCGUCAAGAUGCGGGCCUCAAUCGUGGCCAUGUCGGCCUUGG